AUCUAUUAGCCUAGCUACAGUAGCUGGCUGGUGUUGCAGUGAUAACAACCCAGUCAUGGUUCUGAUGAUGGAAUCGCAGUGCGAGUAUUUCAUGUAUUUCCCCGCGGUGCCUAUUUCAGACCUGUCGGACCCGGCCAGGUACCGCACCCUCCCGCGGCGCAGUCAUCUUUACCUGGGUGAGACUGUGCGCUUUCUGCUGGUGCUGCGCUCCCAGAGUGGCUCCGGUGGAUUCGGAUCCUCUACAAGCGGUCGCUGCUGGAGGGAACUGGCCACGUCGCUGCGUGCACUUGCCAGCGUGUGUCCGGGGGAGAGCAGGGCGCGGGGGAGAGACUAUACCGGGGAAGGUGCUGAGGAGGAAGAGAGCGAUGAAGACGCUCCUGGAGCAGCUAACAGCACGUCCAGAGAAGCCCACAUACACCGAGGAUUUAGUGAGUGCAAGCCGCUUCUCAUCCACAACAACCCGGGUAACGGCGCCAGGGAUUUCCGCAGAGCACCAGUGCAGUCACCUGUAGAUGAGCCGGUGGUUCUCAAUGAUGAAGUCAUCUUCCCUCUGACUGUGUCCUUGGAUAAACUGCCUGUCAGCACACUCAAAGUAAAGAUCAUAGUGACAGUGUGGAAGCAGGAAGAGGAGAAGGCUGAGAUCCAAGAACAUGGCUACCUCAGCAUUCUUCAACAGAAGAGCCCUUGUCAAACCUUCCGCCAGGACCUUAACACCUUCAAAGCCCAGGUCAGCACCACCCUAAACGUCCUCCCUCCUCCCACUGUGAAGUGUCAGCAGAUGACUGUGUCUGGCAGACACCUGACUGUUCUCAAAGUGUUAAACGGAAGCUCUCAGGAGGACGUGUGCAUCCAUGAUGUCCGAAUCCUGCCCAACUUUAAUGCCUCGUAUUUACCCAUGAUGCCUGAUGGCUCUGUGCUGCUGGUUGACAAUGUGUGCCAUCAGUCAGGUGAGGUUGCCAUGGCAUCCUUCUACAGAAUGGACAGCGAGUCUAGUCAUCUUCCCAGUACGCUCAGUGCUCUGGAGCAGCAAAACUUCCUGUUUCAGCUGCACCUCAGUGACCAGGCCCAAGAUGACUCCAAUGAGGGUCUUGAGGUGCCACUGGUAGCAGUCUUGCAAUGGUCCACUCCCAAGCUUCCUUUUACCAACUCUAUUUACACACAUUAUAGUGUGCCCAGCAUCAGACUGGACCGGCCCCACUUCAUCAUGACUGCUAGCUGCCCCAGUUCUGUAAGAGCCCAUGAGCACUUCAGGGUACGCUACACACUCCUCAACAACCUGCAGGACUUUUUGGCUGUACGGCUCGUCUGGACACCUGAGGGUGAGGAGAAAGACGGUAGAGACCCUGCAGUGAGUGCAGUAGUUUGCCAUUCUCCUCUUAGUAACCUUGGUUACUGUCGGAAAGGCAGCACCAUUUCUGUGUCUGUGGCUUUUCAGAUCCUCAAAGCAGGUCUUUUUGAGCUAAGUCAGCACAUGAAACUGAAGCUGCAGUUUACAGCAUCUGUUUCAAACCCUCCCCCUGAAGCACGUCCUCUCUCCCGUAAGAACAGUCCAUCCAGUCCUGCUGUCCGGGACAUUCUGGACCGACACCAAGCCAGUCUGAGCCUUGGACGGUCACAGUCCUUCUCCCAUCAGCAACCCUCCAAAUCCCACCUUACCAGGACAGGCAGUGUUAUGGAGCGGCGUGCCAUCACUCCUCCUGUUGGUUCACCUGUUGGUCGGCCACUCUACCUCCCACCUGAGCGGAGCAUUCUAUCACUUGACAAGAUUGCCAAGCGCGAGUGCAAAGUGCUAGUCCUCGAUUCACACAGCUAAGCAUACAAACACACAUGCACACAUACUGAUUCACACACACACACAGACAGAUGCACGUACACUGGGUAGAAUUAAAAUUAGCACACUGGAAUUUAAAAUAAUGUGGAAAUUAUAGUCACGGUAAGUUGCUCAUUGUAUAACUUUUUUUUUGACAUAAUGGCAAUAGUUAAACAUUCAAUGUUAUUGUUAAUGUGGCAAACACAGGGUGUUUUAGUUUAAUAUAAGAUCAGUUUUUUAUUUGUUCCUACACACUUUGUUUACAUGCUGUGCAUUACAUUUCAGCAUCUUUUCAGCUCAGUUUGACUGAUUUCUGAUGGGCAGGUGGAAAGACAAGUAACAGAAUACUUACAUUUGUGCUGUAUGUUUAAUUCAGCAGUGCACUGGGUAAAGAUGAUUUUUGAAGACACACAUGGGCUCCUCGGAAGUGACAGUUUACCUGACUGAAUGUGUCUUCAGAAACGUUGUAAGUCAGUGUUUACUGACUAUACUCUGUAUUACAGUAUGCUAUUCUACUGACUUCUGCCAGUGGAUGUAUUUUUAAUUCUUGAAUGUAAACAAUUGUAUUUAUUUAUUGCAGUUGUAAUAACUGCAUUGAUG